AUGCCUCGUGCCAUCAGAAGCGUUCUCAUCGAGUGCGACCCCUCCAUCAAAUCCAUCAUUGUCAACAUUGACAGCGAAAACCACGACUUCAUUAUUGAGGAUUUGGAUGAGGAGCGCGUUGUUGUCAAGGAAAAUAUGGUUCCCUUGCUCAAGCAAAAGCUCGAAGACCGUCUCAAAGAAAACUUGCCUCCAAUCGACGAAUCCGGCUCCGAGUAA